AUGCAGCGCGUUCACAUUGACCUUACACUUCCGGCGCACACACCGGCGCCGGCGCACCACAAAGGAUGUGUUGAGCAAGUUACAGUUCAUUCAUCACAGGAGCAGUACUACGAGAUGCCGCAGCUGUUCGCGCUGGACGAGUGGCCGGGCUGCCUGGCGGCGCGCGGCGCCUACUGCGUCGGCAGCUUCGAGCUCGCGCCGGCGCAGCAACCGCACCCACUCUACGACCUCAUGCAGGGUUACUCAGCGAACACGGUGGAGAACUACAACCACACACGCCUGCACCGCGGGCUCUGCCUACCUCGCAGCUGCGCAGCGCAUGCACCCUCACGCCAACAUGACCUGCAUGAUGAUCAGCUGCGGGACUGGUUUUUAUCAUGUGUGAACGCGAGCACGUUGUCUGCCUACAACCUGUCGGCGCAGCUCUUGCGGCUGGAGUACUGUACCCUCGGCGAGGCUCCUCCACCAGACCUGACCGCUGCCGAGCGAGCCUUCGCAGGCUUCCUCGCCGCGCUACUGGCACUCGCCGUCAUCAGCACCGCGCUGGAUCUUACACUCAGUGACCACGCCAGGAAAGGGUUGGAGUGGGCGCUGGUGUGGUCGGUGCCGGCGUGCUGGCGCGCGCUGUCGGCGCCGCCGCCCCGCGCCGCGCGCACCGACCUCGCCUGCUUCGACGGGCUGCGCGUGCUCACCAUGCUCGUCGUCAUCAUCGAGCACGUCUGCUGGAUCACCACGCAGACAUACCUCACCGACACCAAGAUAUAUGAACAGAUGCGCGGCUCCAUCGACGUGAUUCUGAUGACGAACAGUACGCUGGUGGUGCAGAUCUUCUUCAUAAUGUCCUCGUUCCUACUGGCACACAAGUUGCUGCAGCAGCGCCGACGUGGGGAACACGUGCCGCCCUUCUCCACAUUCGUCGACACCAUGUUCAACAGGAUCAUCAGGGUGAGUCCAUCCUACUGGGUAGUGGUAUGGUUCGCUGCGUCGUGGUGGCAGCGCACUGGGCGCGGGCCGCUGUGGGCGCCCAUGGUGGCCAGUGAGGCCGCGGUCUGUCGCCGCAAGUGGUGGACACAUCUACUCUACCUGAACAACAUCCUGUACGCGGACGACAAGUGUCUGAUACAAACCUGGAUGGUCAUUCAUAGUGGCGCUGUCUCGCAGGUACUUGGCAGCAGACAUGCAGCUGUACGCGGUGUGCCUGGCGCUGACGCUGGUGCUGUGGCGGUGGCGGCGCGCGGCGUGGUGGUGCUGAGCGCGCUACUGGUCGGCUCAGUGGCGCUGCUGUUCGGCCUGGCCUACUACUGGAACCUCGUACCUACCUACGUCAUGCAUCGCCCCGAGUCGGUGUGGCUGGCGUACCGCGAGGAGCCGUCGUUCAACGUGCUGUACCAGUCGCCGCUGGGCAACGUGCCGGGCGCGCUGGCCGGCCUGCUACUGGCGCACCUGCACCACGUGCUGCUCGACCUCGACGUGCAGCUGCCGCGGUACAAGAUAUUCGGUUGGCUGUCAGUGGCGGCGGUGCCGGUGGCGGCGUGGUGGGUGGCGGCGUCCCCGCUGGCGCUGGGCCGCGGCCCGCCCGGCCGCCUGGCCGCCGCCGCGCUCGCUGCCCUCGAGAGACCUGUGUUCUCCUUCUUCGUGGCCAUGGCACUGCUCGGCGCUAUGAAUGGAAUCCCAUCUGCAGUGAAGCGCUGCCUUUCAUGGCCGGGCUGGGCGGCGUGGGCGCGGCUGUCCUUCGGUGCGCUGCUGCUACACAUGCCCAUCAACAAGGCGCUGGUGGCGUCGCGCCUCAUGCCCUCCAUGCUGGACCGGCAGGCUGCGAUAACCGAGUGGUUCGGUGUGGCCGCCGUGUCGUACAUGGCGGCGCUGCCCCUGGCGCUGCUGGUGGAGCUGCCGGCGCAGCGCCUGGUGCGCGCACUGCGCCCGGAGCCCGCGGCCCGCGCCCCCAGCGCGCCCCCGGCCCGCGCCCCCGCGGACAAGACCGACCUGUGAGCUCGGUGCCCUACCCGCGGUGCUCGCCGCACCGCUGCGUAGUGUACCUGUAGCGUGGGUACUGUGGUACCUGCCACUCUGUUAAUGACCAACUACACAGUUUGGGUGGUUUAUUGUUAAGGCUGGACCUAGUCGGGUAUUUGUUACGAAAUGAGUUGCACUCAGCUUCUAUCCUACCAACUACCCGGACGUAAGUGUAAAUAGGCAUAAAUGUUACAUUAUUUAUCUUGCACGCAAGUUAAUCAGCAAAUACAAUGUACUAUGUAGAAUGCCUAGUUAAUAUUUAAACCUAGAAUAGAGUGGGUCACUAAAUAAGUGACAGUAACAUCUCUGUAAUAUUUAGUAUAAACUAAAUAUUCACAUUGACAGUUUCCAUGGGAUCACAACAUACAACUUGAUCAUUGAUGAUGACAAGCACUAUACCGAGCUGUAGUAACUCCUUCCAUGGCAACCAGAGGGUCCUGCCUUCUAUUAUUUAUAAAGCACUGCAGCAUUGCAGUAAAUAGAGUACCUAUUUAAUGAAAUGGGUGCAAUGACUCACUUCCUAACUGCUGUAAAAAACGAAUAAAAUAAGUUAUGGUAUGGCUUCAUCUAGAGGGACGUAUUGUGAUAAUAGAGUGUAGUGUUAUGUCGUAGAGGGCGCCCCCACCGCCCGUGGUGACAGACCUAGCUAAGCGUGUGGU